GCUCCUCAUGGACUCUCUUAGCCUUACACUGGCGUACAGCCUCUCUUUUCUCAAACUCCUUGUUCUGUGGUGGAAUCGUCGAUUAUCAGUUCAGGCGAAGAUACAACAAAUUUGAUCAAGUCCGUGAGUUAUUAUAUCGUAAUAAUUUCUGAGGUGUUUAUAUUUUGCUUUGCCGGAGAAUUUUUAAGUGCCAAGUUAAGAAAUAACGAUGACGCGUACAAACACCAUCAACCGUACGGUCGAGAUUGGCCUCCGUUUCAUCGGCAUGUGGCCGGGCUCGGCGUAUCCGAAUCUUUAUUGGUUUAGCUACAUGACAACAGUAGUAAUAGUGCAAUAUUAUCAAUAUGCGUACAUAUUCGCACAUUUUGACUUGAACGAUCUUUGGCUCCUCAUGGACUGUCUUAGUCUUACCCUGGCGUACAGCCUCGCUUUUCUCAAACUCCUUGUUCUGUGGUGGAACCGUCGGAUAUUCUAUUACAUUGUGAAGGCGAUUGAUCAAGACUGGAGUGAGUGCGUAAAUAAUGUUUCAUAUAGGUCCACGAUGACGAGCAUGGCGGAUACGUCGAGCCGCUUUGCUAAUGUAAUGCUUAGUCUCUAUGCCUCCUCUGCUUUCUUUCUGUCGAUUGGCGAGCAUUUAAUUCAAUCGAUGGACGAUGUUGAUCAGUUCGGCAAUAGUUCUCGAGAACUUCCAAUAAAAAUGGAAUUCCCUUUCGACGUUAGCGAAUCGCCGAUUUUUGAGUGUUUUUUAAUCGGACAAUUUCUUUACGAUAUGGUAAUAGCUUUUGUGGUCGGCUUGACAAAUCCGUUACUUGUUACCUUGAUUCUUCAUGUGAACGGUCAGAUCGACAUUAUGCAACAAGACUUAAUCGAAAUUUCUAAAAUAUUCGGAAAAUACAAUCGCAAUGCGUUCCUACUCGUUAUCAGAGGUCUCAUUUGCAAGCAUCAGAAGAUUAUUACUUUAUCAGAAAAUAUAGAGAACCUGUACACUAAUCUCGCGCUGAUGCAACUUCUGUGGAAUACGUUAGUUAUGUGUUGCACUGGUUUUGUGAUUAUAAUUAUUAUCAAUUCAGGUGAAGAUACAUCAAAUUUAGUCAAGUCCGUGAUUUAUUAUAUCGCAAUAAUUUCUGAGGUGUUUAUAUAUUGCUUUGCCGGGGAAUUUUUAAGUGCCAAGAUACUUCAUGUAGCUGGUCAGAUCGACAUCAUGCGACAAGCUAUACUGGACGUACACAGCGACGGACUCGGUGUAUCUUCAACCGUCAUCAAUGAUCUCAUUCAAAGACACCGAAGGAUUAUUACUUUGUCGGACGAUAUCGAAAAUCUAUUUUCGUCCAUUUCGCUGAUGCAACUCCUGUGGAACACUUUAACCAUCUGUUUCACUGGUUUCAUGAUCAUGCUUGCACUCAGUAGCAAGAAGGGCAUAAUAAUUUUAGCAAAGGCGUUCAUUCUUUAUUUUGUAAAAACAGUAGAGGUCUUCGUAUUCUGUUACGCAGGGGAGUUUUUGAGCGCCAAGAGUAAAUCGAUUAGCGACGCGGUAUAUGAGUCACUUUGGUACAAUAUGGUGCCGGCCGACAGUCGGAUUUUGUUAUUCAUAAUGAUGAGAUCGCAGAAGCGACUGACAAUCACCGCGGGGAAACUCUUUGAUCUCACUUUAGAAGGAUUUAUGAGCGUCAUGAAAGCUUCUGCCUCGUACAUGUCUGUACUGCACGCUAUGAAUUAAAGCUGGCAGAAGUAUCAUCUGUCCACAGUUUUAAUAAACGCUCCGCGUCAGUGAUAAAUUAUACGUUGCAAACUUUUUUCAAUAGACUUGUUACAGAUACGAAGGAAAUGGAUUGUACGAACGUAUAUAUAUAUUUUUUAAUAAUAACAUUAAAACC